CGCACCGAAAACUAAAAGAAAACCACUGUAAAAUCUGAAUUAUUAUACCCCUAGGAGAAAGAAAAUUCAUUGAAUCGAUAUUAUUAGUCUUCUAAAAGCUGUCGUUAUGUCGCCAAAUAACUUUGCCGCCGAUAUUGAUGGAGAAGCUGACAUUCAAAUCAUCACCUCCGGUGGCCGCCGUAUUCCGACACAUUCUACUGUUCUGGCUGCUGCUUCGUCAGUUCUGGAGAGCAUACUAGUUCGGCCGCAAAAGAAACGGAGCUCGGAGAAAACUAUUCGGAUUCUCGGUGUUCCUUGUGACGCCGUUUCCGUGUUUGUCAAGUUUCUCUCUUCGUUCAAGUGUACUGAAGAGCAGAUGAAGAAACAUGGAAUUCAUCUUCUAGCUCUUUCUCAUGUGUACUUGGUACCACAGCUAAAGCAGAAAUGCACAAAGGGGUUAGCUGAGCAAUUGACUAUUGAAAAUGCUGUGGAUAUGCUUCAACUAGCCAGGCUAUGUGAUGCACCUGAUCUUUAUCUCAAGUGCUUGAAAUUGAUAUCAACCAAUUUCAAGAAAGUUGAGAAGACUGAGGGUUGGAAGUUCCUCCAAGAUCAUGACCCUCAACUUGAACUUGAAAUUCUGCAGUUCAUGGAUGAGGCUGAUUCGAGGAAGAAGAGGACAAGAAGACACAGAAGGGAACAAAACUUGUAUUUACAGCUAAGCGAAGCGAUGGAUUGUAUAGAGCACAUAUGCACUGAAGGAUGCACCAGCGUGGGGCCAUGUAAUGAGGAGCCCUGCACAAAGAAGCUGCCUUGUAGCAAAUUCAAAACAUGCCAAGGCGUCCAGCUCCUUAUUCGACACUUCGCUACGUGUGAGAGAAGGGUAAAUGGAGGUUGUUUGCGAUGCAAAAGGAUGUGGCAGCUCCUUAGAUUACAUUCGUCAAUCUGUGACCAACCUGAUGAAUGCCGAGUUCCUCUGUGCAGACAAUUCAAAGUGAAGGUGCAACAAAAGGUAGAAGAUGGGCUAUGGAAAUCACUAGUUGGAAAGGUGGUGUCAGCUAGAGCCUUAUCCUCCUUAUCUCUGCCCAAAAGAAAGAGAGAAGAGGAACCAAAAAUGAAAUUAGGCCAACAUCAAGUGAGAAGCUUCUUGACAACUCAGUGUCACUAGUUCGGUAGUUAAUAGUAGGACUAUAUAAUCUGAGAAGGAUUUGCAGGUAGAAUGUUACUGGAUGCUCAAUUGGUGCAGCAGCUUUUGUUAUUAUUAUAUAUAUGUUCUAUUGUAGUGGUUUUUCGUCCUGUGUCAGUCUUGAGUUGGAGAAAUCCUCUGUAGAUGCGGGGGUUCAGCAGUAGAGUUGUAUAGGAAUGAGUUUUGUACUUGUAGUGGAUGGCUGUCAUUUGUAUGUUCUUCCUCCAUUUUGCUGGAUGAUCAAGUAAACUUGUGAGGUUAUUUGUUGUUAUAA